GAAACAUCGCAACUUUGUGACGGUUUCCGGAAUAGCGCCAGAAAGAAUUUGGAGUUUAUUAAAAACUUUGCGGAUCUGUGCGCAAAACACUUACUAAUUUGGUGAAUAACGUUUGACGUUAUUAAAUUAUCAAAAAUAAAAUAAAAUAUUUAAUAGAGCACACCAGUGCGUGAACUUAAUAUUUAAAUACAUUUAAGCCACGAUGACUUCACUUUGGUAUGCACUUUUAAAGACAAUCGGCUAUGGAGCCGGGAAAAUUAAAAUGACACCGAGAAAUGUUGUAUUUAUUACUGGCUGCGAUUCUGGAUUAGGACACUCACUGGCGCUGUAUUGUCAUUCCUUGAAUAUGACUGUUGUAUCGGCCUGCCACAACGUCAACUCCGAUGGCGCGCGCCUUUUACAAAACCUCAACGAUCCCAAGCGCAUGAUCCCCAUAGAAGUGGACUUGCUCAAGCAGGAGACGAUUACACGCGCCUUCCAGUGCGUUACCGAUUUGUUGCGCACCAACAACGAAUACCAAUUCACUGCUUUGGUCAACAAUGCCGGCGUUAUGUGUUUCGGUGAGUUCGAAUGGCAAACUGCGGCGCAAUUCGAAAUGCAAAUCAACGUAAAUGUGUUGGGCACAAUGUGUCUCACCAAGGUGAUGUUGCCGUUGGUGCGACAGCAUCGCGGACGCAUCAUUAACAUUACUAGCCAUUGUGGGUUGCAGGCUCUUCCGGCCUUAGGUCCAUAUGCCGCUUCGAAAGCCGCUUUGCGAUUUUGGAACGAUUCUUUGCGUAUGGAAAUGCGACAAUAUGGCGUCGAGGUGAUAAAUUUUGUGCCUGGCUCAUUUGUACAGUUAAGCAAUAUAUCGGCAAGGCAGCAGGAUCAUGCGAAGGAGAUGCUAGACGCUUUUGACGUGGAGCAACGAGAAUUCUACGGCGUCUACUUCAAGCAAUUCAACAUCUAUUUGACAGUCAUUUCGGGGUUCAAAGCACCAAAUCAGUUUCAUGACGACUCUUUGUUGAAAAAAUUCAAUGAUGCACUAACGCAUCACGUGCCAAGAGAUAUGUACAUACACGAGCCGUGGCGUUAUAAACUGUACCGUUUCCUGUUCCGAAUUUGCCCCACGCCGAUAGUCGAUCUGCUGACUGUACCAUUCUGCGCUAUGCCAACGUAUCAGCAAGUUAUGUCAUCAUCGUUGCCGCAGCACCAAAAAAAAUAGUUACAUAAUUCUUACUUUAUGAUAUUUAAUAAAUGUUUA